GCAUCUCGGUGGACCGUGCUCGGCUGCAAGAGAUCGAGCGGCACGCCACGGAGGACUUGCGCAGGAUGGAGUCCCAGUACAAAGAAAUCCUGGGAGAGAUUGAAGUGGAAGGCACCGUGAUGAAUCCUGAUUCUGGACUCAUCAACCCGCAAAGUCACCAACAGUUGCGGCAGCUGCUGUUUGGAGGGACCAAGAAUAUCUUCGAUGAGAGCGAGCAAUUGGAGGCCACCCGGGACUUCUCAGUGCCCAAGGGCGCCAAGGCCAAAGAUGGGUCCAAACUGCGUUCAUCGGAGCGCUUCACGAUCGAGAGUUGGGGCUUGGAGCCUGCCGCGGGGCGCAAGAUGUUCACCAAGAAGGGAUGGCCCUCCACUGGCAAGGAAGCAUUGGAAAAGUUGCAGAAGGAUGAAGCGCAGAACGUGCAGCAGCAAUUGGAAGCCAAAGGAUGGGAUCCAGUGAUGGCGAAGAAGGCAUUUGAAGCGAUGGAGAUCUACCGCCAGAUGGCCUCCG